CUUUAUAAAGCGAAGCGAAUAAUCAAGCUUUCUCUCCAGUCUUGGUUGUUUCAUUCACCCACUUUUUCAUUCAUUCGACACUUGUACUAGGUAGUCAUUCUUUUCUAUUUACUCCACAAGUACACCAUCUUCCCAAAAAUGGUUCGAUUCACUUCUACCUACACGGCAGCCAUCUUGGCUCUGGCGUCCUUUGCUGCGGCUCGUCCUGCAGAGCGUCACCUUAAGGGCGCAGGCGCUCAUAACAACACGCCUGCUCCUGCAGCAUCCUCGCCUGUUGCUAGCAUCGCGUCCGUUCCCGACACCUCAUCCAAUCCCGACAACUCGCCUACCUCUCUUGUCAUCCCGUCUUCUACUGCCUCGUCAGCUUAUACACAGACUUUCAACGGAGACCUCACUUGGUAUGGAAAGGACUGUGGAGAAGAAUCAUGCUGGCAAGGUGGAGCCUGCGCCUUCGUUGACUAUGUCCUCCCCGCCACAAUUGACGGCUCAACCUGCGUCUCCGAAGUGAUCUGGAACAGCUCCUACCACUGCGGUGCCUGCGUCGAAAUCGACUACCAGGGCAAGAAGAAGAUCGCCAUGAUCACCAACAAGACUGGCGGUGAUUCCGUCCAUCUGGAUCUCUCACCUAACAUGUUCUCCAAGCUCGAUAACAAGAACAAAGGCAUGAUUCACUCAACCUGGAAAUACGUCGAGUGCCCAAUCGCCGAUCCUCUCCAGAUCCGCAUGCACGGCGGUUCGUCACAGUACUGGUUCGCUGCUACCGUCGUCAACGCGAGGCUCCACACUGCCAAGCUCGAGGUCUCUGGCGAUGGCGGGAACACAUGGAAGCCCACUACUCGUAACAUUAACAACUUCUUUACCCUCGUUGGAAACGGCGGUACUGGCACCAAGACUGCUUGGGUCAGACUUACUUCUGAUCUUGGCUCUCAGGUCAUAGUCAAGGAUGUCGAGUUGGUUUCUGGAAAGACUACUAAGGCGACUGCCAACUACCAGUAAAAGCAACGCUCAAAUCUUUUUCCAUUGGUACCUCAGCGGGGGCUGUGUGACAUGGCUCCGUUUGGGAGGAUAAGAGCACACUCCCUUUCUUUAUUUUCUUCGUCUAAAAAUUCGAUUAGUUCAUGUAUUAUAUUUAGAACCCAAAAUUAGAUUUUUCUCAAACAAAUUAUGCUCUCAUUAACUGCU